AUGAAUCGCAACACAUACGAGAAGGAUAAUUAUAAAAGACUCUUUACCAGCUCAGAGUGUGACUCACCAAUCCGGAAUAACAGUAUGGAAAUAGUGUUUAAUACUAAGCCUAAAAAAAUACUGAUACUAAUGUCACCCUUUAACCCGAAAAUAGAUUUGGUGCUUGACCAGCUGGUUUCAAUAAUAAAGGAACAUUUGCCCACAACAGAAGUAAUAUACGACAAGUCAAUACUGUCAGAAAUACCGGAAACAGAUAAACUUUGGGGAGAAGUGCAGGAGCUGUACAAGGGCCAAGUGGUGACACGCUUCGAGGACCCGGAGAAGACGGACAACCUGCAGGAAAAGGACCUGAAGGACGUGGACCUGGUGAUAACAGUGGGAGGAGACGGAACAAUGCUGAGAGUGAACAAGGUGUUCCGCCGAGAAAUACCGCCAGUAGUUGGCCUCUCAAUGGGCUCGCUGGGCUACCUGGCGAAAUUCAACCUGGAAAAAGUAACAGAAACACUGUCAAACAUAGAGACGAGAGGCUUUAAAAUAUCACUAAGAUCGCAAAUUCAAGUGACAAUAUUGGAUGAAAACGGAGAACCGAUAAUAAGAAGAAACGCAUUAAACGAAUGCGUAAUUGACAGGGGCCUCUCACCUUAUAUAACGACCCUGGAUGUUUACUAUAACGGAGAAUAUUUUACGACGGUUUCUGGAGACGGGUUGAUGCUGACAACGCCAAGUGGGUCGACCGCGUACUCGAUGUCAGCGGGAGGAUCAAUAGUACACCCACAUGUGGAAGCGCUGCUGUUCACGGUUAUAUGCCCGCACUCGAUAUCGUACCGGCCCCUGGUGCUCCCGAGCACCUCGAUCAUAAAGGUGGUGAUACCGCCGGACAACAGGGGGUACGUCAGAGUGUCGCUGGACGGAAACUACUCGUGCAACAUCAGGCACGGGUGCUCAGUCAAAAUCACGACCUCGAAGACUAACUUCCCACUGGUUCUGCCCAAGCAGACGGGAACGACGAAGGAGUGGUGCAGGUCGCUGAAGGAAAACCUGCACUGGAACGUGAGAAUAAGGCAGCAGAAGCUGCACGUGCCGUCGUACGUGAAGGCGAAAGACGAGACGACGGAGUUGCAGGAGUUUAACGACUAG